AUGGAGUUCGUAAAUAGUGAAAAAUCAAAACCAAUUAUUCUCUACGAAGGCUACAAAUUUCGUUUCAACAAAACACUAAAACACGAUAUACAGAGGUGGCUUUGCAGUGUCAAAAGUUGUAAGUGCUUUUUAAAAUUAUCUCCUUUAAAUAAAAUAGUUGACAGUAAUACUAAUCAUAACCACAAUAAAAACGACGAAAAAGUCCUGAAUAGGCAAAUAUUAAGUAAUUCUCUGAAAAGAAAAGCCAUAGAAGACAUUUCUUGCAAACCUUCAAAAUUAAUUCGUUUAGAAUUGAAGAAAGGCGAUAUAUCGACUUUGACAACGAAUGAUUUAUCAUUAAUUAGACACAAUGUUCAUCGUGCCCGUUCAUUUGUACACCCCCCUCUGCCAAAAUGCAUUAAAGAAUUACAUGCUGCUUUAGAGUCUAUGAAUAUCAAAACUAAUAUAGGUGAGCCAUUUUUGUUUAUCAACGACAAAGAAAAUCGUAUAAUUGGUUUUUCUACUAUACAAAACAUAAAAGUGCUGUGCGAUGUAAAUAAAUUUUACGUAGAUGGAACUUUCAAAAGCUGCCCUAAACACUUUUAUCAACUUUUUACCAUCCAUGGCCUAAAAAAUGAUGUAUAUUUACCUCUAGUGUUUUUUUUACUACCCGACAAGUGUAAUACCACGUACAAGUGUGCAUUUCAACAUUUAAUUUGCCAUUCCAUGUCCAUUGGUCUAACGUGCUCUCCUACUGAAGUUGUUAUAGAUUUUGAACAAGCUAUCCACAGUGCUGUAGCGGAAGUCUUCCCUAAUGCUAAAAUAAGUGGAUGUCGAUUUCACCUAGGGCAAAGUUGGUGGAGGAAAAUUCAAAGUUUAGGACUCGCGAAAAUGUAUAACACAAAUACAGAUGAAAGUUAUUUUUUAAAAUUUUUUUUUGGUUUGCCAUUUUUGGACUCUGACAACGUCAUUGAUUGUUUCACGGAUGACUUUUUAGCAAUACUGCCCGCUAAAGAUGAUCGGGUUGUACAAUUUACCGACUAUGUUUUCGAAAACUAUAUAUCCCCGGAUGCUAUGUUUCCCCCAAAUAUUUGGGCACAGUUCUCUGCUAGCUGUAACCGUACCACUAACGGCUGUGAAAGUUUUCAUUCACACCUAAAUUCAUCGUUCUACUCUAGUCAUCAUAACAUCUAUAAUUUUAUUGAUGUGUUAGUAGAAAUUCAAUCAGAAACGUAUAUCAAAUGUAGAAGCAAUGGAAUAAAAACGAAGAAAAUAUGUGAAAAAGAAGCAUUUAUAAGACAACAGAUGACAAAGCUAGCACAAAAAGAAAUAGAGCAAAUACGAAGAAUAAUGAACGAUAAUUACCCGUUGAGCGAAAAUGAGAUUCUGUUGUUGGAAGAUGACAAUAUGAUAAUCAUAAUUUUAAGAAGAUAUUUAUCAACUUCUUUGCGCAACGACACUAAUCGUCCACCACCUAAUUCGGAAGCUGCUAGAAUAUAA